GCUGACAAUUAGUAUAGUAUAGUAAUUAACUAAAACCUUUUUCCUCCCAAAAGCAAAGUCAAUGAGGACAGUUUUACAGCAGGGUGGGGAAGGGGGAUAAGGGGUCUCGCAAAUGUUUGAUGGAUAGACUCUUAUAUACAAUGAAACCUGCAAUUCAUUAGGCAACCUCCAGCAUUAAAUGACUCCAUAUAGUAUUCCAAGCUUCCAGUAUUUUUAUUUGAUCACUAAAAGACCAGCUGUACAUAGCAUAUACUUUCUCCUGCACUCUUGGGUUUAUCCUAGGGCAUACUUUUCACCCAUAGGUUUUCUUCAGUGAUUAUUCUUACACCAGCCCAUUCUUAUACUUAGCUUUCCAGCAAAGGCAGUGAUUUUUUUUUAAAUGUAUAUAGCUCCAUAACUAUGCAUGACAUUUUACAAUAUGUAAAAUACAGCAAACAAAACCCACAAAGGGCCAAAUACUGCUUUUAGGUGCUUGUUAAACGCAAUGAGAGUUGCUUAUGUGAGAGCAGAAUUAGAUCCCCACAUAUUGAGUAAAACUUCCCAAAAGCUAGUGGUAAUGACACUUUCAAAGAACAUUCAUUGCAAAGAACUGCCAUAAAAUAGUUUUUAAAUAGGUUUUUAAACUAACAAAAGCAUAGCCAUUCUAAAUUAGAGCUGACAUUUUGUCCUUAACUUGUGCUACUGUCCUUAGUUAUUGCAGAGAUCUGAAUAGUGCAUAAUCGUAUAUGAAUUUUAUUAUCAUGGGACUAAAAUGUUACUAUAGUAAACUCCCUUCUUACAAAAUGACCUAAAAACAGUAGCAUUGACAAAUUAGAGAUACGGUGAGAUCAUUGUUAUACCAUUACAGCUCAAAAUGUUGUAGGUACAUAGAAACUUCAGUACUCAAUCAGACCAGUGGUCUAGUCCAGUGUCCUGUCUCAGAUGGUGGACAAUGCUAGAUGUUUCAGAAGAAAGUACAAGAACACCUGUAAUGGACAAUUAUGUAAUAACCUGCUCACAGGACAAAUUCCUUCCUAACCCAUGUCAAUUAGGACAUGUCUACACUAGAAAUGGUACAGCUGAGGCUGUGCUGCUGUAACACUGUAGUGUAGACACUUUAAUACUACAGCGACGGAAGGAGUUUUUCCAUUGUUGUAGUAAAUUCACCUCUCCAAGAGGUGGUAGGUAGCUCAACGAAGUAUUCUUCUAUCGACUUAGUGAUGUCUACACUUAGGCUGGCUUAAUUACAUUGCACAAGGCAUGAAAUUUUUCACAGCUCUGAACAACAUAGUUAAUUUUAAGCCAACCUAACUUUGUAGUGUAGACCGGUCCUUUGUAGUUGACUUAUGCCCCAUUGCAAGAAAGUUUAUAUUCCAUUUAAAAAAAAAAUUAUCCUAUCUAUUGUAACAGAUCUCUUUAGUCAACUAGUGUCUAGUCCUUUUAUUAAAAUCCUCCUCAUUGAUCACAAUUAUAUAAUGAAUUCCACAAAUUGAUUGUCGUGUUUUGUUUUUUUUAAAAGUCCUUGCUUUCAAAUUAUUGUGUGGAGAAAAACUGUGAUUACCAUUAAACUCAAUUAUUUUUUAAAAAACCUGAUAUGCAGUAAAAUAUGAUACCUCAGUGAAUCAUAUGCUUGCUUUCUGUGCUUGAAUACAAUCGAUAAAGGAUUAGCUUCCAAUAAAGUCUAAUUCUCCUUCAUAUACAAGAUCUAAAUAUUAUUACUGAUGACAGUUACCUCUGCAGAUGCCUACUGUGAGAUUAAGUUCCCUACCACAUGGCAAUGGGUCCUAUUUUUGUUUCCCCUGUGCUUCCUGUUGUGCUUAGGAAUAGAAUCGGGUUGAACCAAGAAACCCCCAGACUCAUAGAGAAGUGCCUGCUCUGCUCAUGGGCAAAGGAUAUUAUGAUCUCCUGUACUGACAGGCUUGUAUAUGGAUUUGGGACUUAUGAAAGGAUUGCCCUGGAGACAAGUGCUGUGUUAUCCAGAGAACAGAUUUUAGGUGGAAGACUGCUUAGUGAAAACAGCUUUCAACUGGAAGCUCAUGGCCAUCCCACUCAGACUGAGAUCUUUGAUAAAUCACUUAAAAACGAGGGACAAGGCAAAGUGGAGGCAGCGCUGGACCUGAUGCUGAUCAAUUCACUCCCUCUAGUGGGCAACUCAGAGACAUCGCUUAUCUGUAUUGCAGCCAGAUGGAGGUCCCGUGAGUCUGUCACAAUAGGGCGAGACUAUGAGGCCUUAAUGAGCCAACACCAGGACCCUCUGGAAGUUACUGAAGACGAGAAGAGAGGAACAGCCAAAAAAGUGGUGUGGAAAAGGGAACAAGCUAGUGAAACUAUCGGAGCUUACUACUGUGAAGGGAAAGUCAAAGACGAGGUGACGAGGAUACGUACAAUGAAGAUGCCACUAGGAGCUUCCUUUCUCCCAGUGGCCUUAACUAUUACAGUGAACAAGGGAGAACAUGUGAACAUUUCCUUCAUCAGAAAGAUUCCAAAGGAAGAAGAUGCAGUGAUCUACAAAAACGGUACUUUCAUUCACUCUGUGCCCAGGCAUGAAGUGCCAAAUGUGCUAGAAGUGACCCGCUCUCAAGCUGAGCUACAGGAUGCUGGGGUCUACUCUGCCAGAUACAUAGGAGGAAGCACCUUCACCUCUGCUUAUACAAGGCUGAUAGUAAGACGCUGUGCAGCUCAGAAGUGGGGCCCGAGCUGCAGCUCAAUCUGCCCUGUGUGCAUGAACAAUGGCAUCUGUCAUGAAGAUAUUGGAGAAUGCAUUUGCCCUCCAGGCUUUAUGGGGAAAACGUGUGAGAAGGCUUGUGGAGACAAUACAUUUGGCAGAACCUGUAAAGAGAGCUGUACAGAGAACUCAGGCUGCAAAUAUUAUAUGUUCUGUCUACCAGAUCCUUAUGGCUGCUCUUGUGCUACAGGAUGGAAGGGCCUGGAAUGUGAUGAAGAGUGCCAAUCUGGUUUUUAUGGUCCGGACUGUAAACUCAAGUGUAAUUGCAACAAUCGGGGGAAAUGCGACAGAUUUAAGGGCUGCCUCUGUCAGUUUGGCUGGCGCGGUCUACAAUGUGAAAAAGAAGGUUCAGCUGACGUAUCACCUCAGAUAAAGCACUUGCCAGACCAUGUGGAACUCAAUUCUGGCACAGAGUUUAAGCCUAUUUGUAUAGCCACUGGCAAGCCACUUCCUGUUAUUGAAGAAUUUAAACUGUUGAAACAAGAUGGGACUGUCUUCAAGGCCGUCUCAUUUGUUAGCAAUCGCUCAGAAGCAAAGUUUCAUAUCAAUAGAAUCCAGCCCCCUGACUCAGGAACAUGGAUUUGCAGUGUUCAGACAGUAGCAGGGAUGGCAGAAGAGCCUUUCUGGGUUACAGUUAAAGUUCCUCCUGUGCCUCAGAGUGCUCCGAGGAUGAUAGACAGUGGACAUAAUUUCCUCACCAUCAAUAUCAAUGCUGACUCCCAUACGGGUGAUGGACCGAUUGUGUCAACCAAGCUCCUGUAUAAGCCUGCUAAAGGUUAUCAGCCCUGGAUGUCAGUGGAAGUAAAUGGAAAGAGCAAGAGAUUAAAUAAUCUAGAACCCAAAACAGAAUAUCAAUUCUGUGUUCAGCUAAGCCGGCAAGGGGAUGGUGGAGAAGGGCAUCCUGGGCCACAGGCAAGCUUCACAACAGCUGCGCUUGGUCUUCCUCCACCAGAAGGUCUCACCCUCCUUCCUAAAAGCAAGACAUCUCUGAUUUUGUCAUGGCAGCCAAUAGCACAGAAGCCAGAAGAUGACCUUCUUGUUGAAGUGGAAAGGACGAGUGUGAAUGACAACAGUGGUGAUGAGAUCAGUGUUAUCACCCGUGUGCCAGGAAAUAUAUCCACCCUGGUUAUUGAUGAUUUAGAACCCAGACAGCAGUAUAGGUGCAGGGUACGUGUGAAUACCAGGUCUGAAGGAGAGUGGAGUGACUAUUUAUAUGCAUGGACCUACAGUGACAGAAUCCCACCGUCACCUGACAACAUCAAGAUUUUCAAUAUCACGGACACCUCCGCCAUCAUCUCUUGGUCAACUGCUGCAGGACAGUCCAUCUCCUCCAUCAUCAUCAGCUACAAGAUUUAUGGCAAGGCUGAAUACAACCACAUUGACAUCACAAUAAAAAACACAACCAUCACGCAGUAUCAUCUCAAGGGCCUUGAGCCGAACACUGCGUAUCUGGUUCAGAUUAGUGCACAGAACAAUAUUGGACUGAGCAACCCAAACCCUUCUCUUGAACUGCAGACUCUCCCGGAAACAAAAGCUCCAUAUGAAUCGAAGGGAGGCAAAAUGCUGCUGAUUGCUAUCCUUGGCUCAGCAGGGAUGACCUGCCUAACAAUCCUCCUGGCCUUUCUCAUCAUGCUGCAGCUAAAGCGAGCCAACUUCCAGCGCAGAAUGGCUCAAGCCUUCCAAAACGUGGUGAGAGAAGAGCCAGCUGUCCAGUUUAAUUCAGGAACUCUCACUCUGAGCAGGAAAGCUAAGAACAGCCCAGACCCCACUAUCUAUCCAGUCCUCGAGUGGAAUGACAUCAAAUUUCAAGAUGUGAUUGGGGAGGGCAACUUUGGACAAGUCCUUAAAGCACGAAUUAAGAAGGAUGGCUUGCGAAUGGAUGCUGCCAUCAAAAGGAUGAAAGAGUAUGCCUCAAAGGAUGAUCACAGAGACUUUGCUGGAGAAUUGGAAGUUCUUUGUAAACUUGGACAUCAUCAUAAUAUCAUAAAUCUUUUGGGAGCAUGUGAACAUCGGGGGUAUCUUUACCUGGCUAUUGAAUAUGCUCCCCAUGGAAAUUUACUCGAUUUCCUGAGGAAGAGCAGAGUGCUGGAGACAGACCCAGCAUUUGCUAUUGCCAACAGCACUGCCUCCACACUGUCCUCUCAGCAGCUUCUGCAUUUUGCAGCAGAUGUGGCGAGAGGGAUGGACUACUUAAGCCAAAAACAGUUUAUUCAUCGCGAUUUGGCAGCAAGAAACAUCUUGGUUGGAGAAAACUAUGUUGCAAAAAUAGCAGAUUUUGGAUUGUCUAGAGGUCAAGAAGUUUAUGUUAAAAAGACCAUGGGAAGGCUUCCAGUGCGAUGGAUGGCAAUUGAAUCUCUAAAUUACAGUGUGUACACCACAAACAGUGAUGUGUGGUCAUAUGGUGUCCUAUUAUGGGAAAUAGUCAGUUUAGGUGGGACACCAUACUGUGGAAUGACAUGUGCAGAACUCUAUGAGAAAUUGCCACAAGGGUACAGAUUGGAAAAGCCUCUCAAUUGCGAUGAUGAGGUGUAUGACCUAAUGAGACAGUGUUGGCGGGAGAAACCGUAUGAAAGGCCAUCGUUCGCUCAGAUCCUGGUGUCACUGAACAGGAUGUUAGAGGAACGAAAGACAUAUGUGAAUACCACGCUGUAUGAGAAGUUUACCUAUGCAGGCAUUGACUGCUCUGCUGAAGAAGCUGCUUAAGACAGAAAAAAAAUCUUCAUAUAUUGAAUAACCAUUAAACAAACCAAAAACUCAGCCUUCUGGGGCACAGAAUGGGAUGUGCGGUGUAUAGCUCUUUGUAAAAUAUUGUUGAACUACAGAUAGCAUUGUGUAUAUCUUACAGUAAGCUCUGCCUCCAUAGACUGUAGGAAUGUAUAUACUGUUUUGAGUAAGAAUGGGCUAAAGUCAUAAAUUCUAAAGUUUCAGAGUAGUAGCCGUGUUAGUCUGUAUCAGCAAAAACAACGAGGAGUCCGUGUGGCACCUUAGAGACUAACAAAUUUAUUUGGGCAUAAGCUUUUGUGGGCUAGAACCCACUUCAUCAGAUGCAUGGAGUGAAAAUACAAGAGCAGGUAUAAAUACAUGAAAGGAUGGGGGAGGGCUUACUUUACCAAGUGUGAGGGCAGUCUUUACAAAAUGUAAACUUAGCUUCCCCAGUAGUAAUUUCUCCCUACUGUUACUCACACCUUCUUGUCAACUAUCUGGGCCACUCUCUUAUCCCUUCAGAAGUUAUUUUUCCUCCCUUGGUAUCCUACUGUUAAUUGAUUUAUCUCGAUAGACUGACCUCACACUUGGUAAAGCAAUCCCCUCCCCCAUCCUUUCAUGUAUUUAUACAAGCAACUGCUGUUUGUUUUUUGUCAUUCAGUUUAAUAGCCAAUUUCUGUAUUAAAUAUUAAUGUUUAUCUUGAUUAUAUAUAUAUUAGAGAGUGAUGUUAUUUUAGAAAGCCACAGGGCGUUUAUCACAAAGACUGGGCAUUCAUAAAUGUAUUACAUAUUGUAAAACACAUUUCUAAAAGGUCAGUUUGGCUACAAGUGCAAUUUUUUCAUUUUGUAUUUGAGUCUAAUAAUACACUGACUAAGUAUGGAUUAUUAGUUAAUUAUAAACAGGCAAGGUUCACUUACUUGCUUGUGACCACCCUAUUCCUUGUGUGCCUGGCUGUAGUUACUGUAUGGCCUUUAACAAAUAAUGUACUAAAAGCCUUUGAAAUAUU